ACACACACACACACACACACAUAUAUGAACAUAUACACAAACAGCUGGGCGUCAGUCAGCUCAGGCACAGUGAGCUUGUGUGUCAGUCACACAGUUUUGCAUCGUCAGGCCCUCGUCAGGUAUCGUCUUCUCUUCGCUCGUGUAUCUUGCAGCAGGUGUGAGGAUGCCUUCUGCUUCCACUCUGUUCGGUGCCUCGGGCAACAAGAUCCAAUCCGAGAGCACGCAGGCUGAUGGCAAGACCUACGAGCAGCUGAGGCAGGAAUGCCUGCAGAGGAAGAAGCUGUUCGAGGAUCCUGAUUUCCCCGCCACGGGAUCAUCGCUCUUCUACAGCCAGAGUGUCCCUGUUAACUUCGAAUGGAAAAGGCCCGGGGAAAUUUGCCAAGAUCCCAAGUUCAUUGUCGGAGGAGCGGACAGGACAGACAUAUGUCAAGGACAGCUGGGAGACUGCUGGUUGUUAGCAGCCAUCGCCUCACUGACGCUGCACAAAGAGAUCCUGUCGAGGGUUGUACCACCAGAACAAAGUUUUGAUCACGGCUACGCUGGCAUCUUCCACUUCCAGUUCUGGCAGCAUAACCGAUGGCUGGACGUGGUUGUAGACGACAGGCUGCCGUGUGUGAGGAACAAGCUGGUGUAUCUCCAUUCGAAUGAAGGCAACGAGUUCUGGAGCGCACUGAUGGAGAAGGCGUAUGCCAAACUGAACGGCAGCUACGAGGCUCUGAAGGGAGGCAGCACCCUGGAGGCCAUGGAGGACUUCAGCGGCGGAGUCGGAGAAAUGUACGAGACCAAGAAUGCUCCCGCAGAUCUUUUCAUCAUCCUCAAGAAGGCGCUGGAGAGAGGCUCCAUGAUGGGCUGCUCUAUAGAUAUCACCAGUUCAGCCGAAUCAGAAGCUCAGACUGUAACAGGCCUGGUCAAAGGUCAUGCCUACUCCAUCACCGGCCUGGAAGAGGUGAACUACAGAGGGGGGAAAGUACGACUGAUCCGCAUCAGAAACCCCUGGGGGCAGGUGGAAUGGAACGGCCCCUGGAGCGAUAACUCCAGAGAGUGGAGUGCUGUUGAUAAAGCAGAUAAGACCAGACUUCUCGAAAAUGCCACGGAUGAUGGAGAGUUCUGGAUGGAGUUUGAAAACUUCAAAGCAAACUACGACAGGGUAGAGAUAUGUAACCUGAGUCCGGACUCCCUGACAGACGAUGUCAAGAAGAAGUGGGUAGUGAACAUACUGGACGGCAGCUGGAUUCGGGGCUCCACUGCUGGAGGCUGCAGGAACUACAUUGACACCUUUUGGACGAACCCUCAGUUCAAGCUGAAGCUGGAAGACGCAGACAGCGAUAAUCAGUGCAGCGUCAUCGUGGCCCUCAUGCAGAAAAACCGACGUAGGCUGCGCAAGGAAGGGCUGGACCUUGAGACCAUCGGAUUCGCUAUCUACCAGUGCCAAGACAACGAGGACCACGCUGAGAAGGAUUUCUUCCGCUUCAACGGUUCGAAAGCACGCAGCCGCACCUACAUCAAUGCACGUGAGGUGUCUGAGCGUUUCGUCCUUCCACCUGGCAACUACCUGCUGGUGCCCACCACUUUCCAACCCCAUCAGGAGGCAGACUUCCUGGUGCGGAUCUUCUCUGAGACCAAAGCCGGAGCACUGGAGAUGGGCACCACCGUCGACGCUGACCUCCCUGAACCACCACCGCCGUCUAAGCCUGAGGAAGAGACCAACGAGGAAAAAGGCCUGAGGAAGCUGUUUGAACAGAUCGCUGGCUCGGACCAGGCCAUCAGUGCCUGGGAGCUGCAGGACCUCCUGAACGGAGUACUGAGCAGAAGGAAAGAGAUUAAAUUUGAUGGCGUGAGUCUGAACACCUGUCACAGUAUCAUCAACCUGAUGGAUUCUGACGGCUCAGGAAUGAUUGAGUUUCAAGAGUUUAAGGUCUUUUGGGAAAAGAUGAAGAAAUGGAUGAUGUUGUUCCUGUCGUUCGAUACGGACCGAAGUGGACGCAUGUCCUCCUACGAGCUCCGGUCUGUGCUCAAAGCAGCAGGAAUGCAACUGAAUAAUCAACUGCUCCAGCUGGUAGCGUUGAGGUUUGGAGACGAAAAUUUCGAAAUCGACUUCGAUGAUUAUCUCACCUGCAUCGUCCGACUGGAGAACAUGUUCCGGGUUUUUCAAGGCCUGGACACCAAAAAUAGAGGCGAGGUGACCAUGAACUUUGCACAAUUUCUGAUGCUCUCCAUGAACGUCUGAAGAUGAACAAAAAGGAAGAAAGGAAUGAAAUGAAAGUCGAGGAGGAGUGAAGGACCGCCCCUUUUCCCUGUGUGUGGUGCUUAAAGAACCAUUCUGUAAAACUCAACUACAGAUUUAAAGACUUUAAGAGAUUUAAAGAUCCGGAUGUUUGAUUUACACUCAGAAAUCUGCUCCUGUUCUACACAUGUUCUAGUCUUUGGUUUUAUUCGGCUGACUGGGAAGAUUGUUUUUGUUUUUGUUUUUCUCCAGAUUUUGACUUGUGCUGAAAAUCAAUGAAUAAAAAUAAAAGGCAUAAAUUGUGA